AUGUCGGACAACUCCACUGAUUACCCCAACGACACGCUGCCCUCCUCGGCUGCUUCGGCUGCUGCUGCCGCUGCCGCCGCCACACAGUACAACUUCCCGGCGCUUAUAUUCGGGGUUUUGCUGAUUGUGGUGAUCACGGGUGGGAACGUGCUUGUGUGCCUUAGCGUGUACUUGGAGAAGGCUUUAAAAACGACAACUAACUACUUUAUUGUGAGUUUGGCGUUUGCUGACUUGCUGCUGGCGGUGCUGGUACUGCCACUCUUCGUUUACGCAGAGUUCCAGGGUGGAGUCUGGUCCUUGAACAUGCUGAUGUGUGAUGGCCUGAUGACGAUGGAUGUGAUGCUGUGCACCGCAUCCAUAUUCAACCUCUGUGCCAUCAGUGUUGACAGGUUCAUUGCCGUCUCCAUACCUCUAAAUUACAACCGUAAGCAUGUGGACCACCGUCAGCUCAUCCUGCUAUCGGCCACGUGGCUGCUGUCUCUGGCCGUUGCCUCACCUGUUAUGUUCGGCAUUAACAAUGUGCCUAAUCGGGACCCGAGCGAGUGCAAACUGGAAGACAAUAACUACGUGGUUUAUUCCUCCGUCUGCUCCUUCUUCAUCCCCUGCCCCAUCAUGCUCCUGCUCUACUUCGGGGUAUUUCGCGGGCUGCGGCGCUGGGAGGAGACUCGUAGGGCCAAACUGCGCAACAGCAUCGAGGCCUGCAGGAAGUUGCAGCACGCCGCCGUCGCCACAGCCUUCCCCCCGCUGGCGGGAACGAUCCCGGGGCCGCUGCCGAUGCCGCUGCCCAGGAUCAUCGAGAGAGACUUGGCUCAGUCUCGGCUGGACGAUACAGACGAGUACAUUCACCAAGAGAUUCCUUAUCCUCGGCAGUACAGGGAGAACUCGGUGCCCACAGUGACCUUCAGCCACCCUAAGAACAGGAAGAAGAGAGCCAAGAUCAACAAUAGGGAGAGGAAAGCCAUGAGGGUGCUACCUGUCGUCGUGGGUGAGUGUUCCUGUUUGACCUCCAAUCAGAGCUGA